AUCAUACUUACGUCAGGUACUCACGAACUAGGGUUCCGUUUCGCCAAUAUGUCCGUAUCUCCUUUCUAUAUUUUAAGCUCUAUGCUCCUUAAUAUUGUCUCUCUUCUCCACCUCCCUACUCAUCAUGUCUUUAAGGAACCGUUUGGGCUGGCAAUGGAUUCAAAGAUGGUGGAGAAAGCCUGUUGAAAGCGCAGAGAGCUCCCUAACAGAGGCAACGGUUCAUCAAGCAUACAUGCCUCAAAGCACCCUUAUUGUCAACAAUGCUCGACUCGCGCACACAGACAAUGAGAUGGCUGAGCAACUGUGGACAAUAGAAUGCAGAGGAGGGAAGGUGGAGCGUGUGUCGCUAUCGGACGGAAGCAAUGAUGUCGUGCCUCUGCCGGACGUACACGAAAUUGAUGCGAAAGGGAGCUUGCUGUUACCUUCCCUCUGUCAUUCUCACAUUCAUCUCGACAAGUGCUUCAUUCUGGACCGCUGUAAAUGUGAAAUCGGAGAUUUUACCGAGGCCAUGAGGGUAACAGCUCGCGCCAAGCAGGUCUUUCGUGAUGAUCCAGACGAUCUUCUUCAGCGCGGAAGACGACUGGUACGCGAAAGUAUCGAAUGCGGCGUCACUUCAAUGCGAGCUCAUGUUGAGGUCGACUUCAUCGUUGAAUUAUCCUGUCUCGCAACGGCGGUCAAACUGAGAAACGAAUUCAAAACAGCGUGUAAUAUACAGAUCGCUGUCUUCGCGCAAGAAUCGUUGUUUGACUCGCCCACGGAUACAACGCCUGGUUCCAACUAUCAUUUUCUGAAGCAGGCUCUCGAGGAUCCUGAAGUAGAAGCCGUUGGUUCAGCCCCUUACGUCGAGUCAAAUAUCGCCCAAGCGAAGAAAAAUAUUACUUUGAUCUUGGAGCUAGCAGCUCGAACAGGUCUGCACGCCGACUUUCAUCUAGACUAUAAUUUAGAUCCAAGUACCGAGCCUCUUAUUUGGGAGGUUAUCCGAGAAGCGAAGAGAAUUGGCAUGAAUCGUACCGGUGGCAUAACCAUCGGACAUGCGACCCGUCUGCAACUCUUCACUCCGGACCAGUGGCAAGAACUCAAGGAGGCUAUCGGCAAACUCCCUAUUACGCUCGUCAGUUUGCCAAACUCCGACUUGUACAUGCAAGGCCGCGAGGACAGGGAUAAACCUCUCGGUCCGCCAAGAAGCACACUCCGCGUUCCUUACAUCGCUCGUAAAUACGAUUUGCAGGUUGCCAUGAGUGUCAACAACAUUGAAAACGCGUUUACGCCUCAAGGAUCGAUGGAUCCACUUGCCUUGUGUACCCUCGGCGUUGCCCUCUUCCAGUCUGCCACUCCCAGAGAUAUCAGAACCCUAAUAUGUUCUGUGACACUGACUUCUAAAUGCGCACUUGGGAUAGCGCCAAGCGACCUACCCCAAGACCUGUUCCCACAAAAGGGCGAUCCUGCAGACUUUGUGAUCAUCCAUGGAACUCAGACCCUAUAUCAAGCUGUUCUCAACCCCAGCUAUGAUCGAACGACGAUUCGUGGUGGCGUAGUUGUGGCCCGACGACUAACCAAGAAAUGGGUUAUGUGUAACCAACCUCGAGCUGUUGACGAGUCGGUUCUUCCUUGGUACAGACGCGUCAAGUGGUCAUAUAUGCUGUUCCCACCUUUCUUAUUGUAUGAAUUCCUCAUUGUGUUCAAAGCGAUUGAUUCGAUGUCCCUACACGAGCAGUGUGAAACUGAUGCAAGCUCCGUCUAGCUUUGACAGUCGAAUGCCGAAGCUCUCACACUUCAUUAUCUUGGGUUUUAUAACAUCCUGUUAUCCAGAAUGUCAGACACUCGAUGCUUCUUGUAAACUGCGGGUCCGUACUACGUGUGCAUCGCCUACGUCCAACGAUUUGCGGCGCACAAUCCCUUUUGAAAUCGUGAAUGAUGUCUUGGCGUGGAUGUCAUGGCGGGUUAAUCCCUACGUGCGCUCCAAUGAGGCGAGGACCAGAGAAGCUGGCACCUCGUUUCCAUCGCAUUUGAAGAGGUCCGACCGCCCCUGCACUUCGAGACACCAAAAUCAGAUAGCUGGAUGCCAAAGAUACCCA